GCUCAAUUAUGACCGAUGCUUGGUCCGAUUGAAAGAGAAGAAGCAUUAUGAAUUUAUGUGUUAAUUCAAAGAUGGGUACCGUUUUUUUUAUCUUCAAAAGAAUGUUCCGGUGAAGCACAUACAAGCCAACACAUAUAUGAGUAUGUGGAAUCUUGUAUUCAACAAGUUGGUCUCGAGAAUGUUGUUCAAGUUGUGACAGAUAAUGCCACGAAUAACAUGGGGGCGGCGAAGUUGCUAAAAGAGAAAAGACCAUCUAUUUUUUGGACAUCAUGUGCGACACAUACCAUUAACCUUAUGCUUGAAGGUAUCGGAGCACUCCCAAGGUUUAAUAAAAUCCUAGAUCAAGCAAAGAAACUAACCAUAUUCAUUUACGCUCACCACAAAACCUUGGCGAUGAUGAGAACUUACACCAACAAAAGGGAAAUUAUCCGACCGGGAGUCACGAGAUUUGCUUCCGCCUUUCUCACACUACAAAGUUUGUCCGAAAAAAAGGAGCAACUAAGACAUAUGUUCUCUAGCAAUGAAUGGGAGGAAUGUAAAUUUUCCGGUAAGCCUAAAGGGAUUGCCUCAUAUAAAACGGUGACAAGUGUCCAAUUUUGGUCCGGUGUGACACAAUGUUUAAAGGUGUUCUCCCCUUUGGUGAAAGUCCUUAGAAUGGUUGAUGCGGAUUGGAAGCCCUCAAUGGGUUUUGUUUACGGGAAGAUUAAAAUUGCAAAAGAAGAAAUUAUCAAAUCUUUGAGUGGUAACGAGAAACAUUACAAACCUAUUAUAGAUAUCAUAAACGCAAAGAUGAAAGGUCGGCUAGAUUCAACUUUACAUUUGACAUCUUAUCUUUUGAAUCCGUAUUAUCAUUAUAAUGAUUCACAACUCCAAUAUGACCCCGAUGUAAUGGAUGCGGUUCUUGAGUUUUUCGAUACAUUAUUUUGUGGAGAUUUAGAGAAGCAAAGGCAAGUCGUAACUAUUGACUUGCCAAAGUACAAGAAAAAAGUUGAUAGAUUUGGUUGUGAUCUUGCGAUUAAACAUUGUAAGGUGAACGAUGUCGACUUUGAUCCGGCUAGUUGGUGGGGACUAUUUGGUGGCGCAACUCCUAAUUUGACAAAGGUUGCAAUGAGGAUUCUUUCUUUAACUAGUAGUUCAUCGGGUUGUGAAAGGAAUUGGAGCACGUUUGAAGGGGUACAUACAAAGAAACGAAAUAGAUUGGAGACAAGUAAAUUGAACAAUCUUGUUUAUGUUCAAUUCAAAUAUGAAGUAGAUCCUAAAACGGUUGAUGAAGCUCUAGCAACCGAUGUUAGUCAAUCACCCCGAGAAAGUCCAAGAACGAGGGAACUAUUAGAUGAAGAUUUCGAGUCCGAGAGUGAGAGUGAUGAGCAAGUGUUGGAAGAAGAAGAAUAUGAGUCGGAUGGUGUUCAGAUAAUGGAAAGACUUGAGCUCCACUCUGCCCUACCAACCACGGACCACCAAUCUCUUAUCAUCCAUGACGCCAACAAUCCAAGCAUCCAACAUUACCUCCGAUCAAAUUAUCAAGUUAAAGGCUUAACCUUUAUCCACCUCUUUGAAAAUCUCUUCUACUUCCACUACUCGAUCUAUAUCAUUGUUGUAAUCUGCGUUCACUCGUUAAAAGAAAUGUAUGGAACUCAAAGCAAGAGGGAUUUGUCGCUUGAGAUUCAAUCACAAAUCCCAAUCUUGAGACCAAGCAUUCAUGCUCGAAGGGCUAAUAUUACAGUAAAGUUUCAAGAUCUUUAUGGGUUUACUGUGGAAGGCAAUGUUGACGAUGCGAACAUAUUGAAUGAGGUGCGAGAGAAAGUGAGGGAACAAGUUUUAGUUAACGCAAUCACCCUCAAGAAGCUAAUAAGGAAGGGGAUUCCUCCAGUUUUGAGACCUAAAGUUUGGUUUUCUUUAUCUGGCGCUGCUAAGAAGAAAUCGACUGUUCCUGAUAGCUAUUACAAUGAUCUGAUAAUAGCUGUCGAGGGUAAAGUCACCCCUGCCACAAAACAGAUCGAUCAUGAUCUGCCUAGAACUUUCCCUGGUCAUCCAUGGUUGGAUACUCCCGAAGGUCAUGCUUCUUUGAGACGUGUUCUUGUUGGUUACUCUUUCCGUGAUUCCGAUGUUGGUUAUUGUCAGGGUUUGAAUUAUGUUGCUGCAUUAUUGUUACUUGUGAUGAAAACCGAAGAAGAUGCUUUUUGGAUGUUAGCAGUUCUUUUGGAAAAUGUUCUGGUCAAUGAUUGUUAUUCAAGUAACUUAACAGGCUGCCAUGUAGAACAACGGGUGUUCAAGGAUUUGUUGAAAAAAAAGUGUCCAAGUAUAUAUGCUCAUUUAGAAGCCAUUGAGUUCGAUGUUUCCCUUGUUGCCACUGAGUGGUUUCUUUGCCUCUUUUCAAAGAGCCUGCCUUCAGAGACAACCUUGCGAGUUUGGGAUGUUCUCUUCUAUGAAGGAGCAAAAGUUCUAUUUAAUGUGGCUCUAGCUAUAUUCAAGAUGAAGGAAGAAGAGUUGCUCACAACACACCAUGUUGGGGAUGUAAUUAAUGUAAUACAAAAUACCACUCAUCAUCUAUUCGAUCCGGAUGAUCUAUUGACGGCCGCGUUUGAUAAAGUUGGGUUUAUGACGAGCACAAGUAUAAAUAUAUCAAAGGAAAGGAAAAAGCAAGAACCAGCUGUAAUGGCAGAACUUGAUCAGAGAUUGAGACGCUUAAAUUCUAAUAAUGUGGAAGUUGAUAGCUGAAAUUUGUGAUGCAAGUUACAAAAUUAAAAUAUAUACAUGAAAAUGUUGUAGUACAAAUGCCAAUUAGGCAGUUUCUUUGGGUUGUAUCAAUAUGUUUAUGAGAAAACUCAUUUCAUGACAAAAAAAGGACUUACCUUAAGAUCCUAUAACAUUGGUAAUAAGAUUCUAUUAAUUUUAUAUAAUCUUCUUAUUAAUA